UCGACUGCUAUGAACACGAACAUGAAACUUGGAGGACAGAUAAUAUUCCCACAGAAAUGAGAAAUGAAAUUCAACGAAACCCCUUUCAGCCCUGGUCGCAUCUCCAAAACCCUCUCGCCAAAAGAGGUAUUGAAGCUCCUCAAAGCGGAGAAAGACACUAUCUCCGCUCUCUCCCUCUUCGAUUCAGUUUCUCAAAAUCCUGGUUACUCCCACACACCCCACGUCUUCCAUUAUAUCAUCCGACGCCUAGCCGCUUCGAAACUCGUAGCUCAGGUCACCCGGCUCGUCGACCUCAUCCGAGCUCAGCAAUGCAAAUGCUCCGAGGACGUUGCCUUGUCGGUCAUCAAAGUUUACUCGGAGAACUCGAUGCCGGAUAAAGCGUUGGCAGUCUUCCACCGGAUGAACGAGAUUUUUGGGUGCCAACCGGGCAUUCGAUCUUACAAUUCCCUCCUUAAUGCUUUCGUUAGGUCGAAUCGGUGGGACCAUGCUGAGUCAUUCUUUCGGUAUUUCGAAAGCGCCGGGGUUUCUCCCAAUUUACAGACCUACAAUGUCCUCAUCAAGAUUUUCUGCAAGAGAAAUCGGUUUGACAAGGCCAGGGGCCUGUUGGAUUGGAUGCGAACUCGGGGCUUCGAACCUGACAUCGUCAGUUAUGGUACGGUUAUAAGUAGUCUGACAAAGUGUGGAAAUUUAUCGAAUGCAUUGGAACUGUUCGAGGAAAUGUUUGACAGGGGUAUUUCCCCUGAUGUUGUCUGUUAUAAUAUUCUGAUCGAUGGGUUCUUCAAGAGAGGGAAUUUCGUCAAGGCCAUGGAGAUUUGGGAGAGGUUAUUAAGAGCAUCUCCCGCUUAUCCUAGUGUUGUCACUUAUAAUAUUAUGCUUAAUGGUUUGUGUAAGUGUGGCAAGUUCGAUGAGAGUUUAAAGAUAUGGCAAAGGAUGACGAUGAAUGGGCGUCUCCCUGAUUCAUUUACUUACAGCACUUUGAUACAUGGGUUAUGUGAGUCUGGGGAUGUCAACGGGGCUUUGAGGGUUUAUACAACUAUGAUUGAAGGUGGGGCAGCUGCUGAUGUGGUUAUAUGUAAUUCGCUGCUGCAUGGGCUUUGUCGAGCUGGUAAUAUUAGUGAGUCAUUUCGGUUGUGGGAAUCAAUGAGAAAUAGGGGUUGUCUUAACAGUGUUAGCUACAACAUUUUGAUUAGAGGUUUCUUUGAGAAUCGAAAAGUGGACGAUGCAAUCUCAAUUUGGGAAUCGUUGCCAGAGAAUGGUUGCAUCCCAGAAGCAACAACUUACGGGGUUUUAAUUCAUGGGCUGUGUGAAAACGGAUACUUGAACAAGGCACUGCAAGUACUGAAAGAAGCUGAAGAUGGAGGGGCAGAUCUGGAUGUGUUUGCCUACUCCUCAUUGGUUAAUGGUCUAUCCAGAGAAAAUAGAGUAGAUGAAGCUGUUUGUAUCACUGAUCGAAUGGUUAAACAUGGAUGCAAACCGAAUUCUGAGACUUACAAUGCACUAAUUAAUGGUUUCAUUCGAGCUUCUAGAUUCAUUGAUGCUUUCCGCACUUUUCAGGAAAUGGUUGGCAAGGGCUGCAUUCCUACUGUUGUUACUUACAAUACUCUCAUAUCCAGUUUGUGUAGGGCAGAAAGAUUUGAUGAGGUCUUUACUCUUGUGAAAGACAUGCUAGCAAAAGGUUUUGAACCGGACAUGGUCACAUAUAGCUCUUUGAUGGAUGGUCUCUGUCGUGACAAGAAGACCAAAGAGGCUCUUGUGUUGUGGGGUGAAGUGCUUGAUAAGGGCUUCAAGCCUGAUGUUAUCAUGCACAAUAUUUUAAUUCAUGGGCUUUGCUCUGUGGGUAGAGUAGAAGAAGCUCUGCAGGUCCAGUCAGAGAUGAAACGUAAAAAGUGCAUCCCAAAUCUUGUGACAUAUAACACACUCAUGGAUGGGCUGUACAAGGCAGGAGACUAUGAAAAAGCGUCAGAGAUUUGGGAUCAAAUAUUAGAAGAUGGGCUGCAGCCUGAUAUAAUCUCUUAUAAUAUAUCUCUCAAUGGGCUCUGUUCUUGCAAUAGAAUCUGUGAUGCUUUGAGGUUGUUGGAUGAUGCCUUGGCCCAGGGAGUACUUCCAACUAAAGUCACUUGGCACAUACUUGUGAAAACAGUUCUCAGUACUGGCAAUUAUUCAACCUGAUCUCUUAGAAAGAUACAAUGUGUUGAAGGCUAGGUACUGCUGGACAGGCUGUGAUUUGACUUGCCCCUCGUUUCUGAAGUGGUUGUAGUAGGUGGAAUGGUGGUGGAUCUUAAAGUACUACAGUGAGACUAAGAUGAAAAAAGUUCUUUGAACUCAGCUAA